UGCAAACAUCCAUCAUCAAGAAUCUUCUAGAAUCCACCCAUUUCUUCUUUCUUAUCAUUCAGUUCUUUAAAGAUAAAAAAUAAAAAAUCGAUUUUUUGAGAGAUAAUAUUGUUUUUGGAUAUAAACAGCAGUGAUCUGCAGGUAUAUUUAUAUAUAUAGCCAUGACUACUACACAUGUGGAAAGAAGUGGAGAAGGAGAAACGCAGAGGAGUAGUAGCCCGACGCCGUUUUUGACAAAAACGUAUCAAAUGGUUGACGAUGUUUUAUCAAACGAAAUGGUAUCGUGGAAUGAGAAUGGAAACGGAUUCAUCGUAUGGAAGCCACCUGAAUUCGCUACGGAUCUCCUUCCUAAAUACUUCAAACACAACAAUUUCUCCAGCUUCAUUCGCCAACUCAACACUUACGGAUUUAGGAAGAUUGUAUCUGAUCGUUGGGAAUUUGCACACGAUUACUUUCGUAGAGGAGAAAAAUAUCUCCUUAAAGAGAUACACCGUAGGAAAACUGCCAUCCCUCCGUCAACGCCGUCAGUAACAACUGCAGUUCCAUUGGUGGCUGUGCCGAUAUCAUCUCCGUCAAAUUCGAGUGAAGAACUUGGGGGAUCAUUAUCACUGAUUGGUACAAAUCUCAUUGAAGAAAAUGAACGGUUGAAAGAACAGAAUGUGAGUUUGAGAUGUGAAAUUGAUCACUUAAGAAGUUUGUGUGGUAAUGUGGUUAAUAUGAUGUCUAAUUAUAUAUCGCAUCAAUCGGAGAUGUAUAGUGGUAGCGGUGGUCCACAGGCGGACGAAGGAAUUUGUCCGCGAUUGUUUGGUGUAUCUAUAGGUGCAAAACGUAUGAGGAGGUCAUCUCAACAGAUUGAUACUCAAGUACCAAUGCAACCAGAUGAUGAUGAGAUGCAAGAAGGUAAUUAGAGUAGAUUUUAAUUAAGUUGUAGUUCCGUGUAUCAAUUUGUAUCGUUUGUUAAGGAAAAAGGGUACCAAUUACGAACAAAUAUUCAAAAUGAAUAGACUAGCCGUUGGAGUA